GCAAGCACUCUACACACUUCUAAUCUGUGUGUACUAUUAUGGCGGACACAGCAGUGACAUCUCAGGAACAGGAGCCCGAGACAAAUGCGUGUCCUACUUUAGAGGAACUGCAAAGCAUUCUGAACAGCAAGCGUACAUGUUUCGCUCAUCAUGUGGAUGAAGUGUGGCCCAAUCUCUACUUAGGAGAUCUUUCCACAGCUAAUAACAGGUUUGAACUGUGGAAAAUGGGAAUUACACAUGUGCUGAAUGCUGCUCAUGGGAACAGAUUUUCGGAGGGCAAUCCGGACUUUUAUGGUUCAAGGAUCUAUUAUCAUGGAGUUCCUGCGUAUGACCUGCCAGAUUUUGACAUGAGCAAAUAUUUCUACUCUGCCUCAGAGUUUAUCCACAAGGCUCUCAACAACACUGAAGCCAGGCUGCUGGUUCACUGUGUCGUUGGCAUCAGCAGGUCGGCCACACUAGUCCUGGCUUAUCUUAUGAUCCAUCACAAUCUUUCCCUUAUGGAGGCAAUCAAGAAGGUACAGCAAAAUCGCUGGAUAUCACCCAAUCCCGGAUUUCUACGUCAGCUACUAAACCUGGAUAAAGAACUCCACCUGGCCAGGCAGCAUCAACAACAGGCAAAUGCACAGGAAGACAAAAGCUGACUUCUGAAGGACAUUGAUUUCUAAUACAUUUCUUAAAAGAUAAUUAAACCA